GUACUAUAUCAUUUGCAAUUCAUAUUUUUUAAUCCAUCCACGUAAAUUUCACAAUCGAGCGAACACGUUUACCGCGGAAACGGAUUGUUUAGUUUCGUCGCGUCAUAAUUUGGGAUUAUACGUGCAGUGUCAGUGUGUCGCCAACGGAUCUGUGGAAGGAGGUUUAUUAAAAAAAUAGAAUAUUCGACGAGAGAUUGACCACGUUGUUUUCGCAGUACCCUAAGAUUGGGCUCUGUUGAACAAUACAAAGGUUGAAAUGAAUUUAUACCAAAAGUACAAUGAGCAAUCUCCCCCAACUAUACUCCAUAUAUUUUUUUGUAUAAUAGCAUUAGCAUUCUGGCUUGUCUUUGCCUCAAUUGCUUUGCCUUUUUUAUUUGUAUUCAAUGUAUUUAAAUGGGCAGUCGCAGCUUGGAUUUUGUAUAAUCGCAUUGGAAAACUAUUGGCAAGUGAGGAUGUACCCUUUAUGCAUGAAUCUGAACAUAACAGGAACUAUAGCAUUUGUCUGUUCAUGGUCAAAGGGAAACCAGAUGUUGAAAAACUUAGGGAAUUAUUUCAUGAUCGUGUUAUAAUGAAUGAUGGCCAUCCAAGCUACAAGAGACUAAGGCAAAAGAUUGUUAAAAAAUAUGGCAGGUAUGUUUGGGCUGAUGAGGAUAAUUUUGAUCUCAGCCAUCACAUUAUCACCUAUGAGGGUGACCGUCCUGCUGAUGAGGAGGAGCUUGCAAAAUUAUUUGGAGAAAUUGCAAGUAAGCCACUUCCAAGAGACAUAUCUCCUUGGCAAGUUGUGGUCAUCCCAAUGAAAAUUGAUGGCCUUUUUGCAUUUUACACUUGUGGCCACCAUAUUAUUGGAGAUGGUAUUUCUUUGGUUGGUGUGUUUAGUAAAAUAAUGGAUGAUAAACCAGUGUUACUUAAACCAAGUGAGAAGUCCAUUAAGAAGUAUGAAAGUAGUGCAUUUAAACGUGUCCUUCAUGGAAUAUUUACUGGUCCAUUAAGUCUAUUGACUGUUGCAUUAUCAUCUGCAAAAAACCCGUUUCCAAGAUCAGUCAACAUUGUGGGAGAACAGAAGGUGGCAUGGACUGCAGCAAUCAGUUUGCCAAAGAUUAAAGAGGUCAAAACAAGGAUAGGUGCAACUAUAAAUGAUGUUGUAACAGGUUGCCUGGCUGGAGCUGUACGAAGAUACAUAAAAACAACUACAGGCCAGUGCUCUGAAGAUGUCCAAAUAGCAGUGAGUAUUAAUACUCGUCCACCAUCUUUGCUUUUGAAAGAAAACAUUCCCCUGGAGAACAACAGCACUGGUGUCAUAUUUAACCUGCCUGUGAGCAAGGAGUCUGUACAUGAACGAAUUCAUGAAUCAAUGAAAAGAAUGGAUGCAAUUAAAAACAGUUCAGAUUUUCUGGUAUUUGGUUUUAUAUUCAACACUGUGUUGGCAAACCUACCAGAGUUUCUGGGAAGAUUUACUGUGAAUUCUUUAAAUCGUCACUGUUGCCUGAUUAUGUCUAAUGUACCUGGGCCACUCAACAAGAUGGUGAUUGGGGGUAAUGAAGUUGUAAGCCUGAUGGUAUGGCCUCCUUUGAUUGGUGGUACUGGUGUUUCUACUGCCAUAUUUAGUUAUGCUGAUACAAUUAGGCUGAAUAUCAAAGCUGACACCUCAGUUUUUCCAGAACCCAAACUACUAGCAGAUUAUUUUGAAAAGGAAGUUGAAGAACUGUUUAAGACUUAUGCCAAGAAAGAUGAUUAGUGUCUCCCAUUUUACUGCUAGCCUGCAUGGUCAACUUGAAUACAAUACAUUAAUUGCUCAAUGCAAAGUUCUUAACUUUUCACUUAGGGUUAUAUUAAAUUGGUAGAGAUGAAACAGUCAAUAGUCUUUUUGACUAUUGCAGAUUGAUUACUAUGGGCAUCAUAGCAAAAUUGACUCAAAUACAUUAUACCUUUGAAGACCAUGUGAAAUCACUAGCACAUGUUGCAGGACAAUUAUGUGUCAUUGAAAAGUUGGACUACUAAAAUUGUCAUGUCACUCUGAAAUAAUUAGCACUGCAUUGAUAAUUAAAUACACCGUCUUUUUGGUUUGUAUAGUGUGAGGCAACUUUUGAGUUUAUCAGGUUGAAGGGUAGGGAGGUUAGGACAGUGAAUAAUCAUAUCCAUCCAUUUCUAUUCAGAUCAUCAAAGAUUCAGUAUGUAUUUUUACCAAAUGCUAUUUAUUCAUUGCCCAAAAGCAAUGCUUGGGUGUUACUAAUGUGUCCCCUAUGUCCCAUGGUUUAUAUCAACAGGGAUAUAUACCCCCUCAAUGGUAUUAAAAUCUGGCCUCACUUUGACAAAACUAAUGUUUCCUUCGUUCGCAGUAAAUAAGUGUUACAGUAACUA